AUGCCGCUUCGGGAGAGUGCUGAAACUGUUGAAGCUAUAGCUGAUGCUUACGUCAACAUGGACUUGCAAACAAUGCGCAAAUUUCAUGACCUAGUAUCCAACAGCAUGCCGUGGCCACCCGGCACCGCUCCCGUGUCGUGUGAAGAAAUGAUGCUUCAGGGAUUGGCACCCGGCACGUGCGGAGGCGGACGGGUCGUUGGGGCUACUCCAACAGUUCCUGACGCUGCUGAUGGUUCUGCCGGUAAUGGUUCCACUGCCGAUGCCACGGUUGUAAAGAAAGUCGUAGAGAAAGCCACUGUGGAUGUUAGCCUAAAGGGAUACCCCGCAGGAAGCAAGGUAAAACUUAUUAAGGAGCUGCGGGCGGUAACAGGUUUGGCUUUACAGGAGGCAAAGGCGGCUGUCGAGCGGUGUCCAGGGAUGGUAGCCACGGCUUUACCCCGGGGAGAUGCCGAAAAACUGAAGGUGUUGCUGGAAGGCCACGGUGCCGAAGUUGAACUGUUGUGA